GCGGUCACACUGGUGAAGACCAAAACACAUUUUUGUUUGAUCAACUGAAUUUUGCGAUUUUCCUUUAAUUUGUAAGAUAGCUAUGAGUUUGGCCAGUAUUAAACAGAAAGAAUCUAAGGGCAAGAAAAAAUGUCUGCCCAAACUAAGGACUGUCUUGGCCAAUCCUUAUAAACAGCACAGUCCUGUUUUGUCAACCAAUGAUGUGAUAGAGCUUCGAGAGAUCUUCAAAAAAGCUAUUGAAAAGAGCGGGGAAGAAAGGAAAUCAUUUGCCACUCGAUUUGGAAUUCAUCUUGGCCUAGAAAGUUCAGUGCGAGCCACAAACUCUCGACGAUUUUCAUGUUUGCUGGUAUCUUUGAGUCUGCGGCCAGCACAUCUCAUUCGUUUAAUAACCACUAGUGCAUCCGUCAAAGUACCCACUGCUCCCAUCUAUGCACAGCCGAAACUGGAGGAGCUUACCGAAGAAAUUUUUGGAGUUCGAGCUCUUUCUUUAACCUUACCUUUGGAAUUGAAAGUAAUAAGUGAAGAAUUGGAACAGUGGGUUGCUGCCAGAAAGAGGACAGCCCCGACUGCCAUAAGGAUAGCCCCUAAAACAUACAAGAGAGCGGUCAAAAAGCCGUCAAUUAUCCGAGUAACCGAAAAUGAGAAAAAUGCUGUCCGUCCGGUCACUGAAAAAAAGGACUGGGGUGAUGAUUUCAUUUCCUGCUCCUCGGACAAACCAUCGAUAAAGCUGGACCGCGCAGAUGUCCAGGUGGAGACACAAAAACUAGGCAACGCUCUCACCAAUUUGGCCAUGAAGGGUAAAAGUAAAAGACUGGAGGUAGAAGAAAUAAAACAAAAACCUGCGGAAAAGCAGAAAUCCCCGAGCUUAGAGCCCAUGGAUUCGAGUCCAGAUGAAGAUGACUUUCUGCCCAGGAAUCUGCAAACCUAUCGCCCCCUUACUCUCCAAAUAAUACGUCCUAAUCCUGACAAGAGACCGAAAAAAAAACGAAACAAAAAGUCAAAGCAGACAUAAAUCAAAUCGUAGUUGUAGUUGGCAACGCGGCUGCAUCAGCUGUAGUUUUUAGGUUAUGUUAUUCAGUUUGUUAUCGUAAUUUUAAGGCGCCCGCACAUAAAAU